AAAUUAACAUCAUUGUCAACAAACAAAAAAACAGAAAUUGAUGAGAUGAAAACUAAACACCUGGCUGCUCUAAAUAAGCAGGAAAAUGAAAUCAAACAAAUAACCUCUGAAGUAAAACAGUGCAUAGAUGAUCUGAAGACAAUACUGAACUCCAAUUAUGUCUCCCUAUCCUCUGCGUACAAAUCCAGGAAUGCUGAAUUCAAAAGAUUACCUCCUAAAAUCAAUGUUUCAAUACCAAGUUUCUCUCCUCUUCAGAUCAACACAGAACAGCUCCAUCAAAUGUUUGGAUCUCUGUCAGCAUUAUCCAUAACAACAGAAGAACAUGGCUACACAAUGAAGACACUAGAAGCUAUAUCCUGUCCUCCAAUCAGACCACUGCUUGAUAAACCAGAGCUCAUCACCACCACGGACACUGGUUAUAUACCAAACAGUGUUACCUGUCUUAAUGAUGAAGAAAUAUGGAUACGAGGUAAUGGCAAAGUCAUAAAACUCUACAACCUCCAGGGCAAACUACUGAAAUCAAUAAAAACCAAGUCUGGGACCAUACCACGUGACAUAGCAGUGACAAGGAGUGGAGAUCUAGUUUAUACUGACUAUGAUACAAAAACUGUAAACAUAGUGAAAAAAAAACAGAUACAGGAAGUGAUCAGACUACAAGGGUGGAUACCUUACAAUGUCUGUAGUACCUCCUCUGGUGACCUCCUGGUUACCAUGGUCAGUGAUGAAGAAAAACAAUCAAAAGUUGUCCGUUUCUCUGGCUCCACAGAGAAACAAACUAUUCAGUUUGAUAGAGAAGGUAAACCUUUUUUCUCAUCUGUUGAGUGUACUAAAUACAUCAGUGAGAACAGGAACCUAGAUAUCUGUGUGGCUGAUUGGGGAGCCAAAGCAGUAGUGGUAGUUGAUCAGGCAGGAAAACUCCAAUUUAGAUACACUGGUCAUCCCUCUUCUACCAAGGGAUCAUUUGAUCCAUACGGCAUCACAACUGACAGGCAGAGUCAGAUCCUUACAGCAGACUGUAACAACCACUGUAUCCACAUCCUAGAUCAGGACGGACAGUUCCUCCGAUACAUUGAUAACUGUGAUCUACGUGGUCCGUGGGGUUUAUGUGUAGACACCAGAGACAACUUCUUUGUGACUGAGUGGGGGAGUGGUAAAGUGAAGAAAAUCAAAUACAUGUUGAUGGACCCCAAAUACAGUGCCCAAGACAUUCUCCUCUGUGACUUGUGUCAAACAGCUGCAUUACAGAGUCAUUGUGAACUUUGUCAGAUUAACUUGUGUAAGGCCUGUGUAGGGGUGCAUCUUUCUGAUUCAUCUAAAAGACACAAAGUUGUGCCAUACAAACAAAGAACUUCUUACCUUAACUACCCAAAAUGUCCAAACCAUGCCCAGAAACAUUGUGAACUUUACUGUGAGAAAUGUGACAUGCAUGUCUGUUCUACCUGCAUCUCCUCAAGAAAACAUAAAGGACAUGACAUAUCUUAUGCUCUGCACACACUAAGUUCUAAAAGAAAGGAUAUAGAAAAAAUCUUACAAGAACUAAAGCAAAGAAUUCAUCCUAAAUAUGAAAAAAUUGCAUCAGAUUUAAACUCUGAAAAAGUCAACUUGGAGAAACAUUACGAGAAACUGACAACAGCUGUCACCAAACAAGGAGAGAACUGGCACAGAAAAAUUAAAAUCAUUGUCAACAAACAAAAAUCUGAAAUUGAUGAGAUGAAAACUAAACACCUGACUGCUCUAAAUGAACAGGAAAAAGAAAUCAAACAGAUAACUUCUGAUGUAAAACAGAGCAUACUUGAAUUAAAGAAUAUACUAGAAUCCAAUGAUGUCUCCCUACAUUCUGCAUACAAAUCCAGGAAUGCUGAAUUCAGACGUUUACCUCAUAAGGUCACUGUUUCAUUACCAAGUUUCUCUCCUCAUCAGAUCAGCACAGAACAGCUCCAUCAAAUGUUUGGUUCUCUUUCAGAAUUAUCCAUUACAACAGAAGAACAUGGCUACACAAAGAAGACACCAGAAGAUGUACCCUGUCCUCCAGUGAAACCAUUGUUUGAUGUACCAGAGCUUAUCACCAGCAUCAUGACCAUGAACAUAAACACUGGGUAUAACGCACUAUACAGUGUUACCUGUCUCAGUGAUGAACAAAUCUGGACAUGUGGAUUAGACAAAAUCAUGAAACUCUACAACCUCCAGGGAACUCUUCUGAAGUCAAUCCAAACUAAGUCCGGAAAUGAACCACAUGACAUAGCAGUGACAAGGGGUGGAGAUCUAGUUUAUACUGACCAUGGUACAAGAACUGUGAACAAGGUGAAGAAUGACCAGAUACAGGAAGUGAUCAGACUACAGGGAUGGAAACCUUACUACGUCUGUAGUACCUCCUCUGGUGACCUCCUGGUUACCAUGGUCAGUGAUGGUAAUAGACAAUCAAAGGUUGUCCGUUACUCUGACUCCACAGAGAAACAAACCAUUCAGUUUGAUAGUGAAGGUAAACCUCUAUAUUCAUCUGACUACCUAAAAUAUAUCAGUGAGAACAGGAACCUAGAUAUCUGUGUGGCUGACCGUGGAGCCCGUGCAGUAGUGGUGGUUAAUCAGGCAGGAAAACUGCGAUUUAGAUACACUGGUCGACCCUCUACUAACAAGAGAUAUUCAUUGGAUCCAGCCGGCAUCACAACAGACAGCCAGAGUCAGAUCCUCGCAUCAGACAGUAACUUCUUUAUCCACAUCCUAGAUCAAGACGGACAGUUCCUCCGUUACAUUGAUAACUGUGGUCUACACUGUCCGUAUGGUUUAUGUGUAGACACCAGAGACAACCUCUUUGUGGCUGAGUGGGUCAUUUGUAUUGUGAAGAAAAUCAAAUAUAUGUAA